UUUUUUAGUACGUCAAUGUCACAAUAGAUCAGUGUGUUCUUAUUGUGCCGCGAAUAAUCCCAUUGGACGUUACUUUCAUAGUUUUGUGUUUUCCGUGAAACCUAGAACGUUUGGACUGGCUGCGCAUUUCCCGCUCCUAAUUUCCCAGGCUAUCCGCAGCGACGAGAAGUGAAUUUAAGACGGAAAACAGACUGAAAUCAUCGGAAAAAAUCAACGACAAACCUCGGAUCCUUCAUCAUGGCAAAAGUUCACAUAACAAAUGUCGUCGUUCUCGAUAACCCCAGCAGCUUUUCGAAUCCAUUUCAAUUCGAGUUGACCUUUGAAUGCAUAGAGGAACUGAAGGAGGACCUUGAGUGGAAGAUGAUUUACGUCGGAUCAGCAGAAUCGGAGGAGUACGACCAGGUAUUGGACACAAUCUACGUGGGGCCGGUGCCGGAAGGCCGGCAUAUUUUCGUAUUUCAAGCAGAUCCCCCAGAUGUGACGCGGAUACCCGAACAGGAUGUGGUCGGCGUCACCAUAGUCCUCCUCACCUGCUCAUAUCGAGGCCAGGAGUUCGUCCGCGUCGGCUACUUCAUAAACAAUGACUACACAGACCCCGAAUUGCGCGAGAACCCGCCACCAAAGCCAAUUUUCGAAAAGCUCACUAGGAAUAUUCUGGCGACUAAGCCCAGGGUGACUAGGUUCAAAAUAAAUUGGGACGAUCCACCACAGAACGGAGUUGGCGGGCCCAGUGGCAUGGGCGAAGAGGCGGCUCCGUUUUUCCAGGGCGCAGCUGGCCCUGCUACCUCAAUGGACUCAACAGAUGUGAUGGCUUGCGGCAGCGGCGAUAUGCACGGCGACGAGAACAGUAUGGCUCUGCCCUCGGACGAUAGACUCAAUGAAAAUUCAAAUUCGCUGGCCAUGGAGUGCUAGUUGCUCGCCGGCCGGUGGGAAUUUGUUAAAUGUGCGCUACCAAGUUCAAUAUGUUAUUUUUCACUUGUCUCAUUCAAGCGUUCUCCUUUUGUAACGAAACGAAAUGAAUUGGAUUUCAGCGGUUUAUUUCAAAUAUUACCACUUGUCAAUCUAAUUGAAUUAUUUAUAAGGAAGUACUGAUGUCCAGUGUUGGAAAUAUAGAAUUUUUCAUGUAAGAUAAAUUAUCAAAUU